CGAGCUGGACUAAAAGAUGACAGUGGUGAUGGUGAUGAGGAUGAUGAGGAUGAUGUUUAUGCUGCUAAUGCCGCUGUUAAUAGUAAUGGCGUUGAGAUUGAGGCGAGGAGGGUGAUCCGGAGGAAGAAAAGCCAAUUCUACAAUCUUCACCUGGACACACAUCCUACUGCCCGACUGUGA